UGAUGAGAUGCAGAUGUUGUCGGGAGCGCCAGCCAAAAGAUCUGGUGGCAAAGAGGCAUCCUCUACGAAGCAUCAUGAAAAAAAGAUAUCCGAAUGUGUAGAACUUGAGGAAAAGGACGUCACUUCUGUCGACUCUGCUGCCGUCCCUAUCGAGACUACUGUUGUUGAAUGUGAGCCCGCAAAUGCAGAGCAUCAAGGAACUGCCAAGUCUGAAAAGAAGUCAUCAGAUUCGAAGAAGAAAAGAGGUAAGAAAAAGUCGGAGUCGUCUCCAGGGCAUCGAAAACCGUCUUUGGAGGCACAGGAGCCCGUGAUCCCACCAGACAGUACAGCUAGCGCUUCAAAGAGAGAGGAGGAGGAAGAAGUAAUGGAAUUCAAAGAAGGUGGAGCAGAACACUCCGUUGAUGCUCUAAUGACCUCAGCUUCAGACUCUCCAGUUCCACUAGGAGGAAUUCAAGAAAAAGUUAAAGCAGCAAAGAAGUCACCAACUCCUUCGGAUAAGAGGAGGAACAAAGGAACUUCAGAGUCGUCGUCCCUGAAUAUGGAAGCAACCGCAGAUCCACUAGAGGCUCACGAAUUCCAUGCAAUGUCAUCGGAGCAUUUAAAAGGCAAAGGGUCUGCUAUCAAGCGAAAACGUGACAAGGAACCAGUGGGACCUGUGCAAACUAAGGAAGAGGAAUUUUCGAACAUAGCAGCUGGAACUGCAUCGUCAACUAUGGAGUCUCCUGUUCCUCCAAAUACGGAAACAGAGUCCCCACAAGAAGGGCAGAAGCCACCAACUAAGAAAUCAACCGACAAUGUGGAGAAAGGAAAGAAAACAAAGACAAAACUUCUAGAGGCUUCGGCUAAACAGAAGACCAGUAACCAGCAGCGAUGCAGUGUUUCAUCCACCACCAAACCCAAAGCUUCAAAAGAAUCAAGCAGGCAAACUACCGAGGCGAGUUUGGAAGCUGAAGAAUCUGGAAUGACUUUCGCUACCGCUGAUUUGCCUGAGCAGGCUGAAGUAUUGAAACCGGGAAAACGCCGAAGAGGAAAGGAAUCAAAGCCUGCCAAGGAGGUGGGUGAAAGAAACAUUUCAACAAAGAAGGCAGAGACAUCAACUCUGUCGAAGGACUCGGAUAUCAGUGAAGUCAAGUGA